CCCCCCCCCCCUUCAUGUCCUGCGAGAGGAGACGGAGAUGGCCGCGCACAGGUGUGGACUGCCGAAGGUGAAACUCGCGCAUUGGACACAACGAUUUGCCAAUUUAGAAACAUCGUCGUUAUCCAUACAAAAUUUCAAGAACUACAUUGGCCCAAAAGUGGCAUCUCGGAGCGAUGCUUCGUCACUCGAACACUAUGCCCAUCACAUUAUAGAGGAGCUAUCGGAAGACGAACCUUACCUCGCACUCGAUCCUGCAGCAGCAGCAGCAUCUAAUCAUCCUCUCGUUGUGUUCACCGAAGAGCACUGGGCGUUCCUUAUGCUCAGCCUAAUACGUUCCGGCAAUGUGGGCGCUGCGGAGCACUUCUGGGUGGACAUGGAGCGGAUCGGUGCCCAAACGCCGCCACUCGUCCAGGCUGCUGUCAUCAACGGCUUUGCUGCCUUGAAGAGGUUUGAUCGCGCACGGGCGGCCUGGAAGGUGUUUCUCUCUACCGGUGAGGCACCGAGAGCUAUUCUUCGUCGGGAGUACAUCAGCGCCUUGUUUCUCGAAGGAUGUUCGAAGGACGCCCUGGCAGAAUUUGAGCGCUUUGAGCAGUGUCUUCGCGAGAAACCCGAGUUCGCGACCGAUCCUCAAGCUGUGCUCGUCUUCAACACAAAGCUCGAAUGGCUGCUGUAGCAGUCUCACAUUGAUCAAGCACGGACGAUUCUGGAUCGGAUGAAGAAGGCGGGGCCGAAGCCAGACGUGAGCUCAUUUAACGCCUUUAUGAAGUACUACAGUUGCAGCAAAGACCUGAAGGCGAUCUCUGGUACCAUGCGGGAGAUGGACUCUUUAGGAAUGUACGGGGAUGUCUACACCGCCUCCGUCCUCUUGCCUGCUCUUCACUUGUUGCGGACGGACGCCACACAGCUCGUACUGGAGCUAUUGCGUCAGAACGACGUGACCGUCGAUACAAACGCAUGCGACACGCUCCUGGAAUAUCUCGUGCGCUCGGACAACGAUACCGCAUUCGACGCAGCCUUUGCCGUUAUCGAACACAUGGAAGCGCACGUUACCGAGACAGCGCCUGGUGCCAAGACAUAUGGCACUGUGCUCCGCGGCAUCGAACGCAGAGUAUGGAGCGACCAGACUCUAGCUUCACGCUACUGGCGCGCGACAAUCAAGAAGAUGAACGGCUAUCAGCAGCGCGACCUGAUUGCCACAUCCUUAAUAGGGACUCUAAAAGUCAUCGAAGCAUGUUGCGAGAAUCCGACCGCUAGAGCGAUACGACAAGCUAUGAUCUACUAUCGGAUGCACAAACAGGGCAAGAGGCACUUGACUAGGCACAAUGUGGACCACCGCAUAUGGAGCAAACUCAUGGAUCAUGUGAUCCGGAGGCACGAGUGGAAAAUCGCGGAUGAGUUGGCUCGAGACAUUGAGCCGGUAAGAAAUAACCUCUCGCCUGGUAUGAUCCGAUUGCUCGAGCGAGCAAGGGCACGCGAUGCUAGUACUUAACCUUCCAUACGUAUACGACGAUGUAGAACAGUGGAAAGCAAUGUGCUGAAAGCUGAAGUGCUUUCGAAUAUGCAGCCAUGUUACAGCAAGUGGUAUAUAUACAAACGCCAGAGGCGAAAGGCUUAGAUACUUAAUCCUUGAAUCAGGAAGAUGUCCAGAUGUUAGUUUCAGAUUAGAUGACAUGUCUUUUGAGGGCCUCACGCGAAGUCUAGGAUCUCGUUCGGCUACAUUGCAUGA